AUGGGUGCCACACUCUCACAGCCACUUCUUUCGUUACCUUCCAGGGCCAUGAAGCCCAAGUCCAAACGCCCCCGGUUUCGAUUUCGAUUACGAAUUCGCUGGAAAAGAAACCGUCCAAAACACCACAUCCCCUGUCCCGUACCUGAACGUGACCAUCGACAAUGCCGUGAGGCAAAGCUCUACGAUAGCAGUUGUACAGAGGCCGAGCAAUCCCCAUCUCCCUUCUCAGACCACUACACUUUUACCUCUGCAUCCUCAACCAUCGUGCCAACAUCCCCGGUUACGGUGGUAGAGAAAGUACCGGGUGCCCUCAGUACAUUCGAAGAGCCUCACGACGCCACUCUACCCUCUAGUCCGGACAGCUUCUCCGAAUCGCCCCGGGACUUGAUACAUGCCCUCCUUUCCAAGGAGAAACCUCUACCGCCCUUGCCAAAGACACCCCUAUCUUCCAUUGUACAUCAUACCCCCAGCCAACAGACGCAUGCCGGUACUCCUAGCGAACUCCGACCCAGGGUUAGCCAAGUUACCGAUACGUCUGUCGAAGAGCCCAAACAAGGGGACGAUGAUGAGACAGAGCAUGAUUUCUCAGACUCAGACUUCCCGCCACUCCACCGCCGCCCCAUCGCCAUCCCCAGUCCAGUUCCCAGCCCUAGUCCUAGCUCCCUUCUCAGCCUGAGACUGAAGAGGCCAGAAACACCAGAGACUCUCGCAGGACCAGAGACGCAGGAGAGACCACAUACUCCACCCCCUUGGGACACGUCCCUUACCGGUUAUGGGUCCGUACUGGAGGUUUCUCGCCCGUUCAGGGCCAGUCGCGUGUUUGAGCACCCGCUUGUUGAGGGGCACUUUUGGGGGAAGAUGGGAGAUGCGGGUUCACUGCCAGGUGGUGGUGGUGGUGUUGGAGUUGGUGGUGGCCCGAUAGCUACUGGCGCAAAGAGGAAAAGGUGGAGGGAGCAUGGAGGGGAAAAGUGUCGAGGGGAGGAGAGGGGAAAAUUGGAAGCGAAGAGGAAGUUGAAAGGAAAGAGAAUGUCCGAGUGGAGAAGGUGGAAGCCCUUGCCUAGGUACCCGGCUUGUACAAGCGUUGCACAGAGAGCUAGCACUUGGGUUGGUUCUGAUCACAGGGCAUGGAGAGCAGUUAUCGAGGACGAUAAUGAUGAAGGAUAUCAGGGAGAAGAUGGCGAGGAAGAAGAUGACGAGGAAGAAGAUGACGAGGACGACGAGGAUUUGGAGGAGGCAAUAAAGAGGUUCCUGGAGAUGAAGAUCCCAGUCGACUUGAGUAGUUUAUACCGGCUGACAACCAGUUUUGCGGGGACCGGAGAACAUAUAACAACUGCUGACCGUGGGAUUGGGGAAGUUGCGGCAAGGGAGGCAGGAGGGAAGGCAGAGGAGGAAGGCUCGCAGAACGCGAUGGGUCUCGAAGGGGGCCAAGAAGGCCAGUUAUCGCCCUUAGCAAUCUUCAAGGACUCGGAUAUCGAGGGCUUUGAGUUCUUAUUUGAAGAGGACGAAGGAGGCGGCACAUGGUACUCGAAAAUGGUUCUUGGGUAG